CUGGCACCUAUCCGCUUCCGUACAUUUUCGGGGGGCUUUUUUGAUUUAAGAACACAUCAGAUAUCAUAGCUCCUGGGGUCAGCGAUACUUUUAAUUAAUAUUCCUGUGACUGAUACGGUCUAUGAGCCUCUUGUUUUUUUAAUCAUAGUUUACUUUUUUACUUUUUAUUUUUUUGGGGGAAGAGGGGUUUAAAACUUUUAAUAUUCAUAUGCAAUAUCAAUCAUCCAGAGGAAUCCAGUUUUCAGAGUGAAACUUUUUUCUUCAAUAAGCUUUUACGAUAUAUAAAAAAGCAUAAUUCAACUAGCUUUCUUUUUAAAUUCCACGUGUUGGUCAUAUUAAGCCUGGCAACACCAUUGUUUUGUUUACAAUAUGCAAUGACAGAAGCGGCUUCGUAGUCACGUGACUAAAUGGGCUUUGGCUUGCCCGGUUUGAUUCAGACACAUGAACUCUGUAAGCAGUAAUAUUUCUCACAAAAUGGCAUCGGAUGCAGAUUAUGCUAAUAAUGUUAAAGUAGACGUUCGUUUUGGGUAUCUAACGAUAUUUUCAACCAUAAUUAUAUUUCAUUCGUUGAACAAGUUGGUAGCACGAUAUGUGGGAACUCCAAAAAGUGUCAAAGAAGACCCGUGGCGAUGGAGGAAUUUGUUUAUAUCUUGGAUACAUGGAAUGAUAUGUGGCACAUGGAAUAUAUUGUGUUUUGUUUUGUAUCCUGAAAUCUUUGAUGACCUAAUUGAACACAUCAACUAUUUCACGUACCUGAUGAUCGCUUUCUCGACAGGGUAUUUCCUUUACGAUUCAAUUGACAUGUUCCUAAACAACAGACUAAGAAGUAACUGGGAAGUCACACUUCACCAUCUAGCUGUGACUUCAAUGUUUUGGUCCAAUGUUCACAAUGGCUCAUGUAUUGGAUAUAACUGUGUGGCCUUAAUGGCAGAAAUAAACAGUUUUUUCCUCCAUUCCCGAAAACUCCUUCAGAUGUCGCAGAUUGGCUUUGAUCACUGGUUUUAUAAAAUAGUCACAUACCUGAACUUGCUAAGCUUUGUGAGCUGUCGAGGAUUCUCCGUCUGUAGGAUAUUCUACGGAAUGUAUACAGAGGCUAACAGAGUACCACUGUUGUUUUACUGUUGUCUAUCAUUAUCCAUGCUCGUCAUGGCAGUAAUUAAUGUUGUUCUGUUUUGGCGAUUAUUUAGAAGUGAUAUAUUAAAACCGCAGAAGCAACAGAUUAAGCUGAAUGGCAAUCACAAUAGUUUUUACAGAAAAGACGAGUGAUAUGUUGUGUAACUUACUUAUUCCUUAUUCACGGCUUAAUUUAAUCAAUGCAAAAAAAAAAAUGGAUGCCAAUGGAAAACAUUGCAUAGUGUGAACAUUUCAUGCAUAGUCUUAUAUACACAUAGUUCUUCUUGGAAUGCAUAAACAAAGUGUUUUUGAUGUCAGUUUUUUUUAAUGACAAAAUUGUACAGCUGCAUAAUCCAGAUGAGUUGCAAGUUUUGUCAACAAUCUGUGGUACAUGUGUGUAUAUGCUUUAUGUGUAUCUUAAGAAUCUAAAUUGACAUUUAGGAGGAAUUUAUUGGAAAAUAACUGUAGGUCUCCAGAUAUGGUUGGAAAAUAAAAACUUUACUCUCGGACUCAGUUUUUAUUUUCCAACAAUCUAUUUUGACCAAGGAGAUCUGUAACAAUUAGAAUGAGUUGAUUAUUUCUAUCUUACUAAUUUACAGUGAUCUUUGUAACAUAGUAAGCAGUUCAUAUGACCAUUUUACGUGAUGUCAAGGUAUAUAUUGUCAGAUGAACCACUUGACACAAAAAUUUUGUGACAUCAUGAGGUUUAUUGAAAUUUUAACUUUGACGGAUGUAGAAAAGUGCUUCACCACCCCUAACACCCCCCCCCCCCUUUCCAGUGAGUAUUGGAUUAAUGAAAAUCAUUUUAUUUGGUGAAUGAAAUUAUUUUUGUGUAAAUUUUAUAGGCUGUCUUGACAUGAAAAUAAGGUUUUAAUGAAUCGCUUUGUAUACGUACAUAGGUAUGAACAAAUUACAUGUUAGCGAAACUUACAAUGUUGGAUCAACAAGGCAAGAAGAUAGCAGAAAAAAAGUAUCAUGUAAAUAUCAAUUUUAUAAAUUACUGAUUAUUAUAUAAUGCUGAUAGAUCUAACAAGGCAAGAAGAUAGCAGAAAUAAAGUAUCAUGUAAAUAUCAAUUUUAUAGAUUACUGAUUAAGUACUUAACAUUGUAGCUUUGUUACGUGGACUGUUACUGUUAACUUCCCAAGGUGCUGUCAUUGGACAUGAAUAUAUUAUAACAAUGUUUUUGUUAAGAAUCUCACUUUGAGAAUUGAACUUUAAUGUUCUUAAUCACAUUUUGUAGUUUGUUUAAUCCAUUCAGUUAUAGCACAUGCUUUUUUUUUUUUUUUCCUUGAACUUCAUUUCAAUCUGUUGGAUAUGAUAUUUGGUAUUUGAUGUUGAAGAGGAAGGACAUAAUUUUAUUCCCCCCCCCCCAUAUACAUGUUUGUAUUCAGUUUUGGUAAUUUUUGCUUUGAUAAAAAAGAUCUGUAUUUUUGGUUUCAGUCUGUUUCAGAACAUUUUUCUUUUUACAUGUAUAUGCAUAGUAAUAGGAAAAUACUACAGAUUUAUGUGUCUCAGAUAACCAUCUUUUAAAUGUCUGACCGUCUCAAUUCCAUGUUUAUGUUAUAUACAUGAUACAUUUGAGUAAUUUAAGCUCACUGAAAUAUGAUAUGGCAUGAGGAAUUAAGAAAUAUGUUACAAUAUUGUAUGGAUUUUGUGAUUUUUUGUUAUAUUUUAUUAUUUUUUGACAGUUUGUUAAAAAAAGAUAUCACUACAUGUUUUGUAAUGGCUGUGGUAAUCGUAUAAGUGAGACCGAGAGAAGAGCAAGCACAAGGUUUAAUGUACAGUCUAUAAUUAUGAAUGGAAAUAUUGUGUAUAAAUACAGUUUGAAAUGUCUAUUAGGUGACAUUGAUCAAUUCCUGUCCAUUAUUUUCUUGCCCCAAGAUAGAAAGCUUUUGGUUUGUCUGGGUUUUUGUUUUGUGUUUGUAAAUUUAGAUCAGAAUUUUUGAACUACAGCUGUACAUGUAUACAAGUUUUGUGAUGUGAAAGGCCAAGACUAAAGGGUGUGACUAAUAAGGUCAAGGUCAUUAUAAAAUUUGCCAAAAUGGGAUUAUCAGGGUAACGAUUUGAAUAUGAAGGAAUCAGAAUUGCUUGUAAGUUAAAGAGUGCAAUAUUUAUAUAUCAGUUUAACAUGACAUGAAUUGCAACAAUAGGAGUUUUAAAUGAUUUCAGAACAAUCUUAGACAUUUUCCAGUAUAUAUAGGGUUUAUUCUCGCUUUUCAGUUAGUUAUUACCACCAGAUAUUUAGGUUCAUAGAAUCACGGUGAGGAGAUCAGUAUUAAGUAACUAUAUUGUCUACACUGUUGGCUGUUGUACCGGGAUUCUGCUACUGUCAGUGUUAUCUGUAGGGACUGUUUGGCUUCAUGUGCUGUAAUAGAUGUGCCUUAUGACUGAGAGUGGGGAUAUGUAAAGCUUCCAUAUUGUUUCUUCCUUUAGAGACAUGUGUCAGACUAAAUCUGCUCUCAAAGUUUCGUAUAUUGUAGUAAUCAUUACCGUUUUAGAGUGCUUCUCGGUUUUGAUGAACAGUGUAUCAUACCAACAGCCAGAGAAACUCUUGUUUUCCAUAAAUUGUGAGCUUAUCACGAAAUGAAAAUAAGAGAAUUGUAGGAAUACUGUUUAUCACCAUACAGAUUUUUAUCGGAGGUACAUCAAAUCUCGCGUAUCAAAAUACUGUUGAAAACCAUUUAGUGUCAGUUGUUAAGGUUCCAAUGCUCUUGAAAUCGAGCAAUUUACUUGUUUGUGUUGAAUUGCAUCUUAUCUCUUCAUUACAUGUUUAUUAUGCACAUACAUUUAAAUGAAUGUUAGAAAUCUCAAUUGUCUGUAAUGGAACCUUGAUAAUAGUAUAGUACAUGUACAUAGUUGCACUGACAUAUCACUCUGUCAUAUAAUAGGGAAGUCCCACAAACAUCACAGUUCUAAAGGAAUUCCCACAAACAUCACAGUUCUAAAGGAAUUCCCUUGAUCAUGACAUUUCUUAAACAUGAACAAGUUUUUAAGAAGGAUUAAUGCACUAGAUAAUACUCUGAUGUAUAUAAAGUAGAGGAUAUGUACAAUGUCUUAAAAUUGAAAUCUUUAAAAUUUACGGUAUUUAGUGAAAAGCUUUAGUAGAAAAUCCUAUGGAAAAAAAGAAACUUCCUGGAUAGACUCGAACCCAUGAUUUACAGUUCAGCAGCCACAUAUGUUAAUCCACUGAGCUAAAUAAGAUUUUUAAAAAAAAAACAACAAGAAAUAAAAAACUGCUACGUGUAGUUAUUUUUUCAUUAGUGUAUGGAAAAGAAGUCGGCCAUUAUUAUGAUGUAUUGUUCCCCCUUAAAUACAUUCUUUGUUCAUGUACUAAUAAGAAACAAAAACCAGAUUUUUUAAUAGAAUGUUUAAGAUAUUUUGAAAGAUGAUGCCAUACUGAGCUCUUAAAAUGUGUUAAUCUGUGUUAGUUUUAUUUGGAUGUUUAUUUGUCUUGCAUCAAUAGAAUCACAUAGUUUAAAAAAUUAUAAGCAUUAGAAAUUCAUGGGGCAAUUAAUUUAGAAAAGAUUAGUGUAUAUUGUUCUGGAUGACAUGAUCUGAUGCUGCUUAAGAUACUAUUGUAGAAUUAUUUCAUCAUGAGUUGAUGACUUGGUGGUAACCAAUUUCAAUCUGCAUUGUGUCCAUGUGUGAAAGUUUUUGGUUUUUUUUAAAAACGAGUUUGAGACUAUCAGCUGUUUGUACAGUUGGCUUAUAUUAGUGAGAUUAUGCUUGAUCUACUAUUCAUGUAUGUAUCUUUUACCAAAUAGUAGUAUUUAUUUUUAGUAAUGUUGCAUUGUAUUUUUCCGUGAAUUUGAAAAAUACAAGUACUAUAUAUAUAUAUAUAUGUUCAUUGCGUAAUUAUUUUUCAGAAAGUGACAUGAACAGAAUAAAAUAAAUAUUCAUAAUAACAAA